GGCUACGCCACCGGCCGUCGCCAGUCGCCUACACCCUCCCCGUCGAGAGGCAGCGUCGCGCAGCGCGGAGCACGCUCUGUGACGUCAGACUGAGAAUUUGCGCUACCGAGACAGACAGAAGGACAGUAGAAGAGUGAGGAGGCUGGAGGACUUGAGUUAGAAGGGCGACGGUGUGCGAGAAGGGACUAGAGAGACGUAUUCGUUAGCGCAGUGUUCGCAUCGUGAAAGGUGCCUUACGGUGAGGUUUCUCUGACUGGGCUCUGCAAGGUCGUCCGUCGCUUCAUCUCUGUGGACGCAGCUCGUGGUAGAGAAAAGUGCGCUUCACUUAUCGCGUGCCACGUUGUCCUCAGCCACGAUGCGCCUCCUGCUGAGCACCUUCGUGGUGCUCUCUGUCGUCGCCACUGCUCGAUCACAGUGUCUUUCUGAAGACGACAGCAUCUCCAACAUCACCAUCGCACGCGAUGCCUACGUUCGCGGUGCGCACGACUUCAGCUUGCGCCUGUUCCAGUCACUCUACUUCGGCGCGGAGACCGAGCAACGCAACCUCUUCUUCUCACCUCACUCGCUGUGGAGUGCGUUGACUCUCGCCUACAUCGGUGCGGAAGGCGUCACGAAAGAAGCGAUGGCCGAGGCAAUGGGUGUGACCAAUAUCACGAAGGCUGAGGUCGUGGCAGCGUUCCGUGAUAUCACGGACAAAGAUCGUCCAGCCGAAGGAUGGCAGCCCGGUGAUCCAGAAGAACGGCCCAACACUCUUCGUGUCGCCAACAGACUCUACUUUGACCGCACCGAGAACAUCAGAGAAUGCCUGAAGGAGCUGCUUCCUGGAGAGCUGGAGCUGCUUGACUUCUUGCAUGCAAGUGAAGAGGCGAGGCUGUCCAUCAACUCCUGGGUGGAGACGUUGACCGCAGACAGGAUUCAGGAUCUCAUCCCUUCAGGAGCCGUGGAUGCUCGCACGAGGAUCGUGUUGGCCAACGCAGCCUACUUCAAGGGCACGUGGCUGUCGAAAUUCAAGCCGCAAGACACGGGACUGGAACUGUUUUACUCGUCAGAUAAGGACUUCACCUUUGUCAACAUGAUGAGUCAGAAGGGAAAGUUCAACUUCAUGGUGUCGGAAGAGCUGCAGGCGCACAUCCUGGAGCUGCCCUACCUGGGAAAGAACGUCACCAUGUAUGUGCUGCUGCCUCCCUUCGUGGAUGGAGCUCUGGACCACACCGUGCAGAAGCUGACCCCUGAGAACUUCCAGAGCGCCAUUCGUCGCAUGUACCCGGUCGAGAUUCGUCUCAAGGUUCCCAAGUUCCGUGUAGAGGAGAACUACGAAAUGAGCGAGAAGCUGAGCGAGCUGGGCUUCGAGAACCUCUUCAACGCCUCGUACUCAGACCUCAGCGGCUUCUCAAACUCUGGAGGUCUGGCGCUGGAUGCUGCCCUCCACAAGUCCUUCCUGGAGAUCAACGAAGAGGGUGCAGAAGCUGCAGCUGCAACAGCACUGAUCAUCAACCGCUCCGGUAGACCCAAGCGUCCGAGGCAGUUCAUCUGUAACCAUCCGUUCAUGUACGUCAUCUAUGACAAGGAGACCCAGAGCAUGCUGUUCAUGGGCACAUUCGAGCACCCGAAUGCCGCUUCGCUCUUCCUUGGAAAGAAGGUGUAAACGUCGAAACAGCGCGAGCGAAUGAGGGGUCAACGGGUGAAGAAGCAAAUAACGGUCAAGGAACUGGAAGACACGCGUGAAUCAAUAUGUGUUUAGUGUAGACUGUAGAAAUAUGCACCAACCAGUUCAAUGAGCUGCUAGAUAAAGUCUGAAGCGUUUUGUUGUCUUCAAAAAAGGGUGUCAUUAAAAAUUGGGUCAUUACCAAUAGUGAUCUGACAUAAUGAUAACACUGUGUGUUUACGACGAGGUCACCUGAGGCAAAAAUGAUAUGAUGUCUUCUGGCAUGCCAUAUCGUUGCUGUCUGCCCCUACAUAGGAAUCAAAACAAUCUCUCUUGCGAUAUUGCUGAACCACUAGCGACAGUGCAGACCUGAGUGUAGAUUGGACUUUUUGACGGCGAUGACAUUCUUUACACAAAUGAAUACUCUUUUCAUACCGCAUUUGAUGACUUUGCUACUGGCCACGGUAAUGCAAGUGCUGCUUGUCUUGUAAAUGUAUGAUGCGUGUGCCAGAGGAAAAAUGUCCGUUUAGAGUGACGAUGGCGGGUCAAUACAAAACAUUAGAAUAUA